UAAGUAUCUAGAUCUACCAUCGAUAAGAUACGGAUCAUUAAUAAUUUAAUAAAGAUCUUGAUAUCUUAGAGUAUUUUUAAUAUAGAUAGUAAAUUCAAAAUUGGUAUUUAUAAUUUUAUCUGGGUUAACUGAUUGAGAAUUACUGGUAUGGCUUUUUUAACUUUAGCUGUUUGCUGCCUUCUGAGCUUAUCAGUGGUUCACAGCCAGCCUUCAGAAGCUGAGAAUGAUCACACAGUAUUUGUUCUGAUAGGUGGAACAGGAGAUUUAGCAGCCAAGUAUUUAUGGCAAGGUGUGUUCAAUGUGUAUCGCUCUUACAUGGACAGAGCACAGUCUAGUGAAUCUAUAGGUGGGCCACUUAUAGUCAACCUAACCUUCGAUUUUUUCACUGCUGCCAGACAAAGCCAAGAUUUGGGAAACGCAACUGUGAAGAAAAUUCUCUCCUACAAUGUCACCUGUGAUCAGGAAAGUGAAGAUGGCUUUUCCCUCUCACUGUGUCAGAAGUGGAAAUCAGAGCUAAUCAACAAAGUGGUCUAUACUCCGUUGCAAAAUGAAGAAGAUUUUGUUUCCCUGUGCUCUCAGAUCAUCAGCAAAUUUUCACUUUCUGCUUCUCAAGCAAAGAAAGAGGUUUUGAUAUAUAUGGCGAUAGCUCCUUCGGCAUAUGAAUCUGUCCUGCAAAACUUGAAUAAGCAUUGCCAUGGUCUUCGGGAAAAUAAAGUGAAAAUCAAAGUAGCUCUAGAGAAACCCUUUGGGAUAGACAAAGCCAGUGCAGAGACGAUGUCUAAACAGAUUUUAAAGUACUUCAGAGAAGAUGAAAUUUAUAGAGUGGAUCAUUUUUUGGGCAAACCAGUAGUGAAAGCUAUUUUGCCGUUUAGAGCUCAAAAUUCCGAGAUAGAAAAGAUUUUAGACAAAGAUCAUGUUGAAAAAGUUGAAAUAUUUCUUAAAGAAACUAUUGGAAUUGAAGAUCGAGUUCAUUUAUACAAUUCUUUGGGUGUCUUGCGAGAUAUUCACCAGAAUCAUUUGACACAGCUGUUAACACUUGUUGCUAUGGACUUACCUUCAGACCUUAGAGAUACAGCUAAAGUCCAAGAGAAUAAAGAACGACUUCUUCGUCAGGUUGAGACCGUACGCAGGCACAACUCAUUGUUUGGACAAUUUUCAGAUUAUGCUGACCUUGUGAAAAAACUGGAGUCCAAUCUAUCUGUUUCAGUUGAUGUUCCCACUUUUGCUGCCACUGUUGUGAAGAUAAACUCCCCCAGAUGGCGCAGUGUACCAUUUCUGUUAGUGUCUGGCAAAUCCCUGGAUAUCAGGGAAAGUUUUGUUCGAAUCAUUUUCAAAAACAAUUACGUUUGUGUUUCUCAAUGUGAUGACCAGACAGGGAAUGAACAAAGUAGCUACUUUAAGCAAGUGGUAUUUCAUAUAGGUCAUGGAAGUGUCAAGAGACCAUCUAUUCUAGUUUCCAAGUCUUUCAGAAAUCCAGUUUGUCCUGACAAUUUUUUAGAAUCCAUUGAUCCAAGUUUGUUUACAUCAGUUUCUGUGUAUGGCGAAAAAGCCAGUCACUUUUAUGUUUGUUCCGUUGUCAAAGAUAUACCUGCGUAUGAAUCAAUUAUUUCAAAUAUGUUGGUUGGCAAGCAGGAGAAUUUUGUCAAUACAAAGAUAUUACUUCUCUCCUGGCAGAUAUGGGAUUAUCUGGUGAAUGCUGAGAAGAAAGUUAGAAUCUAUGAUAAAUCAGAUCCCAGGGGGCAUUUAAACUUUGUUAUUAAAGAGAGCCAGCUGGAAUAUGUACAUGAUGAUGAUGAAGGCAAUGUAGUCAUAGAAGAUGAGAAAGUAGUGACCCACAGUGAGGUAAUGCAUGAGUAUGUUCAGACCCCUGCAACCUUUCUCGGGCGCAAGCUGAAGACGAGCCACAGUGACCAUUUAGCAUUUUUAUUGGCCAGAGAUAUCGACUUGGCUGCUGGUGUUGAAAUACAGAAUAAAGGUUCCUUUCAUAUUGCUUUCUCUGGUGGGACAUCCUUAACAAAACUGUUUCAGGUGCUUGCACAGUCUUUUGCCAACUUGCACUGGCAUUCAAUCCAUGUGUGGCAGGUAGACGAGCGUUGUGUGCAUCAUCAGGAUGAGCGCUCAAAUUUCCAGAUGCUGGACAGGGAGCUGUUACGGUUUGUGGACAUACCUUAUUCCAACAUCCAUGCCAUGCCUGUGUACACUGGUGGCAUGUUGUGUGAUGAUGAACUGGGAGGGGCUCAUGCGUACGCUGACUCUCUUCGGCAUAUUGUCCCCAACUCACAGUUAGACUACGUCAUUUUAGGCCUAGGUGCAGAUGGCCACACUGCUUCACUGUUUCCUUUUAGCUCCGACAUUCAUGUAGACACUAACACAUUUGUCGUCACCACGGACGAUGGCCCGGCGGAGACCAAUCGCCGCAUGACAAUUACAUUGCCUUUAAUAAACAAAGCUAAGAAUGUUGCCAUAUUUGUGACUGGUAAACAUAAAAGAGAUAUUGUUAACCAAUUGGAAACCUCCAAAUCAGUGGAUAAGUAUCCUGUAUUGGGAGUCAAUCCAAUAAAUGGAACAGUUACUUGGUAUAUGGAUUACAAUGCAUAUACUGGAGGUAUCCAUGUACUUUAAUAUGUGUAAUAUAUUUUUAAAGAAUAAAUGAAAUGUGUUUUUGAAUAUUUUUCUAUUUAUUUACAGUAUAUGUGGGUGCAAUUCUAAUCAUAUUUUAAUAUUUACUGAAAGAAAAUGUUUUAGAAAGAUUGUUUUAUUUUAGAAUAGAAAUUAAAUUUAUUGUUCUUUUUAUAGUAAUGAGAUUUUCACAUUCCAAAAUUAUCACUACAAAAUGUGACUUUUUUCUUUUUCUAUCAUUGGGUGUUUAAAGUAUAAGUAAUUGUGUUGAUUUGUUUAAAUUAAUGCACACAUAAUAAGUAGUAUUAUUAGUUAGUUAAUUGCAAAGCAGACUUUUUAAUUAUUUUUUUUAUUGCUUAGUUUAUUUUUUUUUUUGGGGGGUGGGGGUUCACAUUUAAGUUAGCUUAUAUAUAUAUAUAUAUAUAUAUAUAUAUAUAUAUAUAUAUAUAUAUAUAUAUAUAUAUAUAUAUAUAUAUAUAUAUAUAUAUAUAUAUAUAUAUAUAUUAAUGGUCAUGUUGCAAUUUGCAUUUUUGUUUUAAAAUGCAACUAAAAUUUAUUAUUAAAUAUUUUUUGUUAAAUGGUUUUGAUGUGCCAUAAACUAUUUUACUAAAAAAAAAUGCAACUUAUUCUUUAAUGACUUUGAUGUCCUCUGAACUAUAAAGACAGUAUUGUGACACCUUAAUAUAGCUUUGACAAGUUUAAACUCUGUACAUCCUAUCCUGACAACUUGGCCUAAAUUGUGCUGGCUGAUGGGCAAUUAACAAAACCUACUUAGUGCAUUUGUUAUUUUUAGAAAACCAAUGUUAUUUUUAUCAGUUAUUCAAUUAUGAUUAGUGAGUAAGAGUAUACUAAAUAAUAAAAUAUCUGAAUCAAAUCCAGCUCAAUUUAUGUCAAUCUGUAAUCAUCACUUUAUGUUAAAUGCUUAUAACAAGUUUGUCUGAUAAGCAUGAAUGAUGAAUCUACAUACUAAUUAUGCAUUGGUAUUUCAGUUGAUAUAAUUUUUGAUUGAUUAUUGAUUUUUAUGUUGCAAAUCAAUUUUUUGUUGUUUUGUUUUGACUUGUGAAGAAAUGUUUGUCAUUGUGAAUUCUCAUGCUGUUUUCUUAAUUCUUUUUGUAUUUCAUUUUGUCUGCUUUUAAAUAUUUAAGAAAUUUAAUCUUUCUGUAAAAAUAAAAUGGGUGUUGGAUUAACUUCUCUAAUCAUCUUAAAACACUUGUUAAAUCUGUUGGUAUUACAAAUGUUGCAUUGGUUCAAGAUAUUGUUCUUUAUAAUGUUCUUAAAGAAAUGUUUCAAAUAUGGACAUUAUUUAUGGUCCAAAACAUUUUUCUUCAUAUAAUUGAUAGUCUAAAUAAGACUAUGUUUAUUUGAGAUUUUUGCAUGUGUUUUUUUUUUUUUUUUUAAACUUUUUUUAUUCAUCACAAUGUAAGUCCAGUUUUUUCUGCAUAUGUUUUUGUUGAAUGUUUAAGAGAAUUCGGAAAAUUAUUAUUUAUUGACAUGUUUUAGAAUAUAUUGUUUUAGCAUUUAAUAACAUAAUUAAAUAUUUGUUCAAUACACAUUGACACAAAUCGA